AUGGGGACGAGAUCUCUAGAAAUAUCGGUGACAUCAGCAAAAGGGCUUGAGAAAGUCUCGAAAAUGGAUGUUUUCGUGGCCGUGAAGUUAUCCGGCGAUCCUAAAUGCUCCGACCACCGCGAGCAACGGACACAAGUGGCGAGAGAUGGCGGAACAAGCCCUAGAUGGAUCAAUGAAGCCAUGAAGUUCACCAUUGACCAAACCUUAGCUGAGGCUAACCGCCUUGUGAUCACUUUCAAGAUCAAAUGCGAGCAACGCGGAGGUGGAGGAGAUACAGACAUCGGCGAGGUUCACGUUCCGGUUAAAGAGCUUUUAGAUCAUCUCGGAAACGAAAAUGCCGGUCAAAGAUACGUCACGUAUAUAAUCAAGAAGCCUAAUGGUAAACCAAGAGGUGAUAUCAGUUUCACUUAUUCAUUUACUGGUCCGGUGGUAGUUAGCCGCCCACGGUACAUAGCUCACGAACCGGUCCGCCCGACAGCCCCGGUCCACCCGACAUCCCCGGUCCACCCGACAGCCCCGGUCCACCCGACAGCGCCAUACCCGCCUGUUUCGAACGGACCAGUGUUGAGUCAGUUGCUUCCAAGUGUCGGAUCGUUUAGUCACGGCUACGUUCCUUCUCAUCAGCCACGGGUUUAUCCACCACUGGCUCAGCCGGAGAUUCAGCCGCCGAAUUGUUUUCCCGGUUUGUAUCCGCCUCACGGUUAUCCGACAAGUUACAUACCGGAAAUUCAACCGACAUUGUAUCCGACAGUAGCUCCAUCUAUAUUCCCUGGCUUGUCUUGUCCGCCUGAAGGCUAUCCUACGGUGGCUCCGCCGCAGAUGCAACCGGGUUUAUAUCCACCGAUGAGUCCUUACAGAUUUUAA